GGAACCCAGAACCAAAUGUUGCGUGCCAGGGCCAUCUACUCUAUUAUUUCAGCUGACCUACUUCACUGUCUCAGACCAUUCUCUAAGUAUAUUUUAUUUAUUUAACCUUUAUCUAACUAGGCAAGUCAGUUAAGAACAAAUUCUUAUUUACAAUGACCUGGGCAAACUCAGACGACGCUGGGCCAAUUGUGCGCCGCCCUAUCGGACUCCCAAUCACGGCCGGAUGUGAUACAGCCUGGAUUCGAACCAGGAACUGUAGUGAACUGAAGCCUCUUGCACUGAGAUGCACUGCCUUAUACCACUGCGACACUCGGGAGCCCUACUGCUAUGUUUACAUAUCGACCCAGCAUGCUUUGCAUGUGUGGAGGAGUAAUGCAAAACCAAGUAUCUCUCUUGCAUCCAUUUAACAAAAUCUCCUUUGUAGUUCCAUUUUGUUUGCAUGUGGGAGCCAUGUUGAUCCAGUAGAUAAGCUCCUAAAUGGGAGGGAGAUAGUUUCAGGUAUUUGAUAGAUGACUACCAUAUGUAUUCGAGUGGUUGUUGAUUUCAAGAGAACCUUUGGGGUACACCUGUGAGUUAUGCAAGAACCACAGGCGGCCGUGGCACCUGUAAUUGAGGAGGACGAGCUCAUAGUAAUGACUGGAACGGAAUAUAUGGAAUGGUAUCGAGAACAGCAAACAUGGUUUCUAUGUGUUUGAUACCAUUCACUCUAUUCCAGCCUUUAUUAUGAGCCAUCCUCCCCUCAGCAGCUUCCUGUGGCAAGAACUCUAUUAGUGGUUUUGGCUCCAAAUCACAUUUUAUACGUCACAUAGAGAUUACUGCAGGUAUAGAAGGUGCUGUGAAAUGCUUGAUAGCUCCCUCAGCAGUUCAGUACAUCAUCAGUUAAUGACGACAAAACCAUUCAAGUUAUAAAUAACAAGUCAUAGAAGUAAUAAGCGGUAGUAUGCAUGGUAAUAAUGGACUAUUGGUAUUUACAAAUAUAAAGUGGGUAGUGUCUUGGUCACGCAGUGGAAUAACGUUAAAUUGUAUGCUGUUGGACUUCUUGAGAACCCGAGAGCCCAUGCUUAAUUUCUUCAGUCGCCUGAGGUUUUAGGGGCGCUGUUGCCUUCAACACCACGGUGGUGGUGUGACUGGACCAUACCCGGUCAUCUGUGACGUGCACACCAAAGAACUUGAAGCUUUUGAACCUCGCCACUGCAGCCCGUGCCGUUUUCCUUGCAUCUCUCUGCCAGGACUCUAACCACCUCCCUGUAGGCUGUUGCGUCUGCGGUAAGGCCCACCACCAUCGUGUCGUCAGCAAACUUAAAUGGUGUUGGAGUCAUGGGUGUACAAGGAGUACAGAAAGGGGCUGAGCACUAUUCAUUCGCGGGUGAGCUGUUUGUUCACCCGCACCCACCUGCAGUUGCUAAAAUAUCAUCCGCAACCGCGCGACUGACUAUGCGAUGAAGUGAAAAUCUGAGGCCCGCACUGAACCUAAACCCGCAAAUAUGGGAAAAUGCGCUGUAGCCUACAGACUGCGGAACAUUUUUGGGGGGAGAUGAUUUUAAAAAUAGGCCCAUGUUUCUGUUUUAAUCGUUAAACAUUUUGCCAACUCUCAGGCCGUGAAACACACUCUUCUCACGCUCUCAUGGCACACCUCUUAUAUCUCACGCGCAUUGAAAAGUACUGCUUUUAUUGUUCUAAUUAGUCCAUUAUAGUCAGUGCAUUAACUUUUCAACUGUGCUCCAAAUAGUUUUGAAAUCGGAGCAUCUGCGACUGCAAUUUAACAUCACGAGCGAACGUCUAUCUAGAGUCUAUCCUGUCUUGCUACAACGCUGAACUGCGGAAUAUUGAAGCAUAUUAUUGGUGAAGUUAUGUUAAGGAUCAGGGGGAUUGGAUGCAUGUUUUAAAGAAACGCCCCUCGAGAUUGGAGUGGUAAUGAAUGGCGAUAGAACCUUUAUCGAUGAGUUUAAAACUGUAUAAAAAAAAAAAACUUAUGUACAAUGUUGUCAACAAAGUUAGGUUGCUGUUACUCCUGCUUCUAAUGCAGAAUGCAGCCUUUUGACAGCAUAUUUAAUCCACAUUUGCAAAAGUGAUUUUGGUGAUUGGCAUUUAGGCUGUGACUGACCCAGAGUAUGUUUUAGCAGGGACGUUUGGGACGGUGACCUGAUUUGGAACUAUGAAAAAUAAUUUUGUCAAACAGAUUCUGAACCCAAAAGUGUACAUUUUAUUCUAGGGGGUGGACAAUAAAUAGAAACAUAAUUUAGUUUAGUGUGUAGGGGCAGAUCUGUCAUCUUCAGGAUAUUUUAUCUAUUUGCUAUAUUUAGUCUGAUCAGUGGAACAAUUGUCAUUCUUAACAAUGAGCAACGAUAUAGGGUAAUUCCUGUGCUUGUCAUCAAGAACACUACUGUUAUUCCCCACACUUAUUUUAUAUUUCCACUUCCCAAUUUUGCCAGUGUUAUCACUUAUUUGAAAUCUGAUAUGACUACUUGUGUCUUCGGAAAUUAAUUAUACGAGGCCAUGUAUUUUUUCAGUCAUUCAUGGACAGUUUUGUAUAAGUCAUACAAAUAAGCAUGUUUAUAUUAAAUAUAAUUUUACAUUUUAGGGGGACUCAACUGUUUGUCAAUUUGUUUUCCAAUAAUACUCUGAAUACUCCAAUAAUACUCCCUGUGAGUCUUCUCUCCAUCCUCUCAUUCUGAAUGUAGUCCGUGUAUCCAUAUUCAAAUGAGAGGGAGCGAGAGAGAGAAGUUGCCUGCACAGGUGUAAAGAUCAAAUGCUGCGUCCGCAGUUGGUUUGUUCUCACUCCUUUUGUGUGAAUAUCUAAAAAGGUAACCAGAACAAAGAAGUCUGAAUCGUUCCAGUCGAAGGAUGGGCAAGAUUCAACACCUGAUAUUAUGGGCUGUGUUGGUGGUGUGUUGUGUAGCUGAGAGACAGUACUUCCUCCAGUCACACUCCUCCACCUGGGAACAGGCCAGACUACACUGCCAGGCGUGCUACAAGGAGAUGGUGAGCCUGACCCCUGACAACAUUCAGCAAAUUGUCCAGAACCUGACCUCUUCUUACUGGAUCGGCCUCCGCAAAACCAUGAACAACAGCUCCUUCCCCUGGUCCCGCUGGUCCAACGGAGACCCCCUCACCUUCCAGAACUGGUACCCGGGUCACCCCAUACUCUCCAAGCCCAAGAAUCCUGUGAACAUCUUUAACAACUAUUCCAUCAGCCCCCGUGACUGUGGGUGUUGCUGCACCAAUAACAGCAACUCUAGCUACCAUGGUAACUCUACAGAUGACCUUUUCACAGAGAAUGUAAACAUGACUGCAUCGGCAACGAUGACACCAGCCGUGACAACCAAGGUGGCAAAGAUGUUGUCUGUCAUGACGAGCGGAUCAACGUUCUUUACUGGAGUUACUGGUGGCAUCAAUGGCACCAAUAUGACUAGUGGGACCAAUGGGACGAAUGAAACUGAGACAGACGUGUACAUUGAGGAGCCUUGCAUAGCCAUGCUCAGUUUCGGACUUUGGUUAGAUAAAAACUGCUUAGAGCUUCUUCAUUAUAUCUGCUAUGAAGACCGUUUCUACGGUAAUGCCACCGUGACCAACAAGACACUACACAACGCGACUCUGAGCUGGACCCGUGGGCCUGGUGACAUCAGUGGAUACAGGGUGGAGGUCAAGUCCACUGACUACAACCUGACCCUAAAUCACAGCAGUCUGAACCAGACCUAUGACCUUUCCAACCUCACCGCCGGAACCCAGUACAGAGUCCAGGUGUUCCCCAUUAAGUGUGGAAGAGACCUCAACCCACAGAACGUCUCCUUCUACACCAAGCCUGGCGUGAUCCAAGACCUCAAUGUCACCAAUGUCUCAGAAACAAGCAUCUCGCUGUCCUGGUUCGCUCCUGAGGGCAACCGUGACUUGUACACCAUUCAGGUGAGGGGUGAACCCGACCUGAAAAUGACCACACGCACAGAGAGCGCCCUGGUCAAAGGCCUGAUACCAGGAGGGUUCUACACGUUUGAGGUCAACACCGAGGUGGAGGACAAGUCCAUCGAGGGAGAUCGACAGGUUAUCCCCUCCUACACCAAACCAGGAAUGGUGUCAAACUUAAAGGCGUCUGCUCUUAAUAAGAACAGUGUCCACUUCCAAUGGGAACAGCCGAGAGGUAACACCUCUGGGUACAGAGUGCACGCCUGGAGAGAAGAAAACACCAACACGUCUGAAAUAUUCUUGGAGAAUCUGACAGACACGAGUCUGACGGUGGGGAACCAGCCGGCAGGUGCCAAGGUCUGGCUGAGCGUUGUGGCACUGGUGCCCAACGGAUCGGUUGAGGGAGAACUCAGCAAAGUGAUGGGCCUUACCACUCCAGGUGAAGUUACUAACUUACUGCUGCUCAUUACUGAGGACACCAUCAACGUGUCCUGGAAACAUCCUCAGGGAAACUACGAGAUAUUCAGUGUUCAGCUCAACCUAACCGCCUCUAACAAGGAAGUGAAAGCAGAGAAUACAACUGCCAGUCAACUCUCAUUCACCGACCUAAAGGCAGGAGCUAGCUAUACAGUGACAGUCACCACUCUAAAUGGGUAUCUCAAGAGUGGCCCAGUGAGCAAUACUAAUUUCACUCUUCCUCUCCCACCGCAAUCAGCCAAAAUCGAUUUCUUCAAUAAGAGUCAUGUCACCCUGUCGUGGAAAGCCCCCGUGGCAUCCCAAGGUGUAGAAGUAAAUUACCUGGUGAAAUACUUAACUGAAUUCUGGAAUGAUACGGAGACGAAGGAGACAAACGCCACCAACUAUACAUUUCAUGAGUUGCAUGCUGGAACCAAUUACACCUUCGAAGUACGAGUGACGGCAGGAACCCAGGAAAGCCAGCCCAUCCAAACAUCACAGAACACAAAUGCUACGGUGAGAGUUCGAACUAUGACUAUGGCGUGUUCCUCCAGCGAACCUUCCAUCUGUGAGGAUAGCGGAACACAGAGAGUAGUCCUGCAAAAUUUGAAGAGCCAUUUCCGCAAGUCGUUCAGCAAGAUGGAAAAUGAAAUUUGGGUUGAUAAGGUGUUCUGGGAACUGGAGUGGCGAGAGGCAUAAUUGCACAUGCACACACACACACACACACACUUGUACAGAUCAUCUAUUCAAUAUAAUUUCUUAGUCAAGAUUAAGAUGAAUUGUAUUUUGAUAAUAAAAAAAUAUAUAACAAUAGAUAAAUGAAGUUAGAUGCAUGCCAAGAAUGUAUGUGUUUUGAAUUUCUUGUCUUGUCUAUACUUGUCCUGCUUGUUUUCAGGAUAUAUGUUUUACAAAUGCAUUUUAGUAAGGUAUUUUCUCUGACCAAAUUACUGAAUAAAAAUCUGACUGUC